AGGAGUUCACGGUUGGCGUCUGGUAGGAAUUUAAUCUGUGGUGUGGUCGCUGGGUAUUUUGGAUUUCUGUAAAGAGGAAGGACGAAUGGCAUGGGAUGGUGUGGAUAUUGUGUUGCACCACACCAAAAGACGAGAAAAUAUGCUGGAGUGAAAAUCUGUUAGAAGACAGCUUUCAUCUAGGCUUCAUAUAAUCCAGACGCACCAUUUUCACAUAUAAGACUUGGAGUCGCUGCUUUCUCCAUGAUUUGAUGGCUAACAUCGAGAUGCCUCCACUAAAAAGCAGUGGCCGAGUAUCAGCUCCAGGGCAGCAACUUCACUUAACCACAUCAUCACUAAAUGGCAACGAAAUUUCGAGUACUUCUCCAUCAGACAAGAAGUAUUCAUGUCAUCAUUAUGCUUCCAAGGUGCUUCAGAAUUUGAAUUUUCUUCGCCAGAACACCAGAUUUUGUGACGUGGAGAUUGUUGCAGGUGGCAGAGUUAUGAAGGCUCAUCGAGCUGUCCUGUCUGCUAGUAGCCUGUACUUCCAAGCAAUGUUCACAACGGGACUUCUAGAGGAACAGAUGGACACAAUAGAGCUGCACGAUAUACCCCCACACAUCCUUAACAGUCUGAUUGAUUUCAUAUAUACAGGUGAGAUCAGCAUUAACCAAGACAAUGUGCAAGAGAUGAUGGUGGCAGCGGACAUGUUGGAGUUGAAGGAAGUUGUGGUAGGAUGUACAGAGUUCCUGAAACAUGAGCUUCAUGCUACCAACGCUAUUGGAAUCUACAGAUUUGCUGAAGGUCACAACUGCGAGGAACUUGCAAAUAUGGCUGUUGAUUUCAUUCAGUUGCAUUUUCCACAAAUCUGUGGUGAAGAGGAAUUCUUUGAGCUUCCCAAAGAGCUGCUAACCAAAUUUCUUUCAAGUGAACACUUAAGAGUUGAUACUGAAUUUCAGGUAUUUCAGGCUGCAAUGAGGUGGAUUAUGCAUGAUGUGAAACAACGUCGUCGUUAUGUGUUUGAAAUAUUGUCUCAUGUGCGUCUGCCAUUGUUGUCUGUAUGUCUUUUGGAGCGAGCAAUCAAUGACUGUGGAGAUGGAAGUCUAAAAGUUGCUCUUCGUUCAGUGUGUAAGGAUCUUGUUACCAAGAAAGGAAAUUUGGUACCUCUUUAUGUUCAUCCACGACUUUGUGCUAAGAAAGACAUCUUUGUGAUCGGUGGUUCAAAACGGGAACUAGUGAGUGCAUGGACAAGAUCUUCAGAGUGCACAUACGAGUCAGUGGAAAGAUUUGACACGUUUCGUAGAGAGUGGUGCCGUGCCUCACCAAUGGGCAUUGGGCGAAUCCUUCCAGGUGUGGCAUCUCUUAAUGGAAGAAUCUUUGUGGUUGGUGGAGAACAGGAGUCACAGAUCUUAGCCAAUGGUGAAUGUUAUGACCCUCGUGAGGAUUCUUGGAGUAAAGUAGCAAGUAUGGUGGUGCCUCGUUGUGAAUUUGGACUGUGUGCACUGUAUGGGAACUUGUAUGCUAUUGGUGGGUGGGUGGGUGAGGAUAUUGGAGGAUCCAUUGAGAAGUAUGAUCCAAAACACAAUGAAUGGAGACUCGAAGGAGACCUGCCAGAACCCAGGUUUAGCAUGGGUGUCGUCUCAUAUGAUGGGUUGAUCUUUAUUGUGGGUGGCUGCACACACAGUCAGCGCCACUUGCAGGAUCUUCUGAGCUUCAACCCAAUAACUGGUGAGUGGUCAACACUGCCUUCCAUGUUGGUGCCUCGCAGUCAGAUGGGUGUGGCUGUGCUGGAUGGGUACCUAUAUGUUGUGGGUGGCACCAAUCGUCAUCAUGAAGUGCUGCAGUCAGUUGAGAGAUACUCUUUUGAAGAGAACAAAUGGAGUAAAGUUCCGUCCAUGAACGUGGGUCGUGCGAGCCCUGCAGUAGCAUCCGCCGAUGGACUGCUUUAUGUUAUCGGUGGUGACCAGACACAUGAAGUGAACUUCUACAGAGCACAAAUCACCAUCUCCUCUGUUGAAUGUUAUGACCCAUUGGCAGACAAGUGGCAUGACUGCCCACCUCUGCCAGAGAGCCGUAGCGAGGCUGGUGCUGUUGUGGUAUGAUCAGUUUUGUUAUCCUCAUCAGGCAAGCUGCCAUGGUCGUCCUCUACGGACCCUGUACUCCAUAUAACAGUUACCGGUAUCGAGCCUCUUGUCCUUUGAUGUGCCAUUGCCAUGUGUCCAAUGGUUGAAUGCAGGCUCUAAGGGAGUGUGUCCACAAUGGUUUGCGGCAACUACAGCACUCACCAACAUAUACAAGUCUGACAUACGUGAUACUAGUCAGCGGCUGUUGUAACUCACAACAUUGCAACAGCGCAGUGACUUGAGACAAGGAAUGUACAGAAUCUUGGAGGUCUGAGACAAAAAUUGUCAGAAAUCAUGAUGGCAGUCAACAUGGUAAAGUAGGACAUAUGUAACCCAUUUUUAUUGUACCGUAUUUGUAGCUCUGAUAUGGUGACUGCAUUCUGGUUAGAUUUCUGUUAAUCAUGUCGAAGCGUGUUAAUGUUGAAGCCUAUGCCUUUGAAUUGUUCUCUAGGAAUAUACCGGUGAAUAUUCUGUAAAUUUCUUCUUUUAAGGGAGAGAAUAUGUUACAGGUAUAUGUUGAACAGGAUAUGCACUACAACACUGAUUGCUCAGUUUAUUUUUAAGACUUGCUUUUAAUGGCCUGGAAAUAAUUUUGAACAGCUUACAAAUACAUAAUUUACCACUGUAUGCCUUUAAUUUUAUGUCUGAGAGGAAUGUUGUGGAGAAUGCAGUGUAAUAUCAGCAGAUAAUAAUAAAAAUAAGUGUAAAUUAUUAAGAAAAUGGUACAUUUCUAUUGAAUUUCAGUGGAUAUGAAAAUUCUUUGGUUACAAACUUUCAAUAUGCAAAUUGGUAUCAUAAAACAUGUUUAGUUUAUCACUAUGACUUCCUUGUUUCCAAAUACUGUAACUUAAAUUCCAUUUCAAUGAGUUGGCAUCUACAAUAGAUAAUCUUUUUGUUUAAAAGCACCAGAGAUAACCUGGUUUCCUUUUCUUAUUGACACAACUUUUAUUAUUCAGGUGUAUUAAUAGUGAUAGGACUCUCUGGAUGUGCACAGACUAGAAUAAUACAAAAGUCUGUUGAAUAAUCAAAAGAGGCCUAUUACCAGACAUUUCAGAAGACACUGUUGAAUGGCACUAGUGUUAUUUCUACCUCGUAAGUUCCCAUGGACGUUAUGAUGCUGUUCUUUAUGAUAAAGAGAAAACAAAUAAAAGGUUUGGGUAUCCUUCAAUGGCUUAAUAUGCACACCAGAUUCACAGAAUUUAUCAGCUGAUUGAAAAGUUGUUAGGGAGGACAGAUAAAUGUGGUGAUAUCUCAAAAUAAGUGAGAAAGAUAUAGAAGCUGCACUUAUCUGUAUGUAUAAGACAUAUCAUGAGAAUGGUGAGUGACUGUUUAUUAUUUAUGUAUAUAACCUUGAUUUCAGGGAAAGUAUAGGUUGUGGUAUGAAAACCCCAUAGUUUUAUCAUAUUAUUAUAAAUAUUUUAAGUUUGGAAGCCCCAAGGUGUCGUGUCAUCAACCAACACUGUUGCAUAGAGGGCCAUUGUUGACACCAUCAUAAUUAUUGUCACUAUCAUUGUGGUUACCAUAGUCAUAAGAUGAGGUAUGUACAGAUUAUACUGAUACAGAGGAAACAUUUGUAUUAAAUGUUUAAGAAACUAAUAGAAUGUUGCUUAGCUUUUAAGCAGUGUUUUAUGUGUGAAAAAUACAGUCACUCCAGUAUGGGACACUCACAGUUUGGCAGAAGUCACAUUUAAAGUAUCAAGUUCAGUAUGUAAAUUUGUUAUACUUCCAGUAAUGUAUAGUGUUUCUCAUAGAAUGGAUUCCUUCAUAUUCAUCAAAAGCAGUUCAUUCAGGACUUGAGCACAUCACAAGAGCACUGUAAGUUUAAAGGGCUCUGGGAUGAUCAGGUUGCAAGUUUGACUGUUUUCUGGAGUGGCUGUUUUGGUCAGUCCUUCAGGUGAUGAAUGAUUUGUUGCUUGACCGUCUAAUUUAUUUCGCACUGUUUAGUAAAAAAAAACUGAAUUUUUGUUUAAUAUUUUUCUUCUUGAUAUUAUAUGAAAUGUUUUAGAAACAAUAGCAAUAUUUUUUUUCAUAUUUCAAAGAGACAGUAUGGAGCAGUGGCUCUCAUUUUGCCAUCAUAAAAUAUUAAUUUACACCCACACUAAAAUCAUGCUUUCUCUGUGGGCUAUGUAUUUGUGGCAGUAGAUCUGUAAUAUGUCCUAACGUGAGCUUAAUAAAGUGAGUGGGAUAUUUUAGUCAGGAUAAGAAGUGACUGUUAUACUAAGGAUAUACAUGGUAGAGGCAAACAUUCAUGGUCUUAUGGCCAUGUGACCUUGCCUGUCAGAGCAGGUUUUACUAUAUACUAUUUUCAGAGUAAUUCUUCCAGCAGUUAUAUAAGUGCAGCUGCUGCAAACACCCUGUAGGCCUGUUCCAGAUAAUUUUUUAAGUGCUAAUUGUACGCUCAUUCAUCUCAUCUGCUGAUUGGAACCUGCUUCUGUUCAAGAGGCGUUUCAUUCUAGAGAACAGAUAGGAAUUAGCAGGGUCUGGAUGUAGAGAGUAUGGAGCUGGUGGAGGCAUAGUGAUACCAUUCUGGUCAGAUACUGGUACUAAGGGACUGACAGGCUGGUGCAGUGUUAUGGUGGACUGGCCAGCCUGACUUUAUGCUGAUGAUGAAAGAUACAUUGUUUUGUGGAUGUUGUACUGCUCUGUCUCUGGUCCUCUCAGAUGAUCCUCAAACGUGUGCAGUGGCCUCGUUAUUACAAGCUACCACUGGUCUUCUCAUUCAUGGAUCAUCUUCCAGGGAUUUUCAGUCCUUGUAAUGCCUAAACUAUUUGUAUGCUGCCACCCAACUUAUGAUUGUGUCUCUGUAGCCAGUGCUUUGAUCAUGACAUAGGUUUGUGAGUAUGUCUUCUCAAGCCAUCUUGCAACCUAUUUGUGCACUGAGUUAUGAAAAUAACAAUAUUCAUUGAGUGAAACAGACUGUGGUGCCUUUGUAAGUCCCUGUACAUUUAGUAUGGCAGAAAGUACCUCUGCCCAUACCUUUUCUACAUAUGCUUUUAUGCUCAAACUUGAAGUUUCACACAAGUACUGCAUUUUUUGGUGACUGUUGAAAAUGUUCAUUAACUGUUUGACUACCACAUUCUAAGAAAAUAUUGGUUCCCCUCAUUUAGAGACAAUGGGAGAAAGUACUCAUAGGUCUGAUAAAAAUAUGAAAACACUGAAUACCUAAAGAUACAGGUAGAAGAGGAAAACCAUAUAAAAGUAAAGACUUAAUUCUGAAUGUAAACCUUGAAAAAUAUGUUGAUGAUAAGUAGUAAUUCUUCCUGUUCUUAGAAGUAUGUGGUGUGCAGAUUUCUUUUCAAACAAAUUGCAGACAAAUUGUAGAUCUAAAUAUGGCACUUCUUUGCUUCAUCCAUAUGAUUAUCAUUUUAACAUUCUUCAUAGUAGUGCCAAAUUUUUAUUGUAAUACUAUUUUUGGAUAUAUAGUUGUUGUGUGAUUGAUAAUAUAAUUCUGAAUUAUUGGUUUGUAUAGUGGUGCUUUAACAAUUGUUCAGUUUUCACAUUAUUGCUGUUCUAGUUGAGAAUUACAGUGAAACGGUCAUCCUUCAUACAUUUGGGAAGAUAUGCAAGAAUUCCAGGCAGUUAUAGAUUUCACUAAUCCCAAGCAGAAACUGUCAGGUAUUUUUAUUACAGAAUUAAUAUAAUAUUCAUAAUUGUUAAACAGUGUUUUCAUCAAGAAAUUUCUUUUCAUUCUGCUAGCAUCUGUUGUGUACUAUGUGUGCAUGGAAACUACUGCAUUAUGAUUUACCAAAGUGGAACAUAACAACAUAGUUAUUAGUUAAGUUACAAAGCGUCACUGCACAUAUCUGGAAUCUGUAAUACAAAGAAUUCAAUUGCAGGAAGAAUUUUUAAGGGGUUACUUAUAGCGUAUCAUUAUAUUUGACUAUGCUGAAUUGAAAAGGUCAAUAUGUAACAUGAAAAUGAAAAUGUGCCCCAACAAAUGUAAUGGUUUAUUGCUCGAUAUGUACAAACUUCUAUGUUAAAAGCAGAACACUUAAAAUCUGAAUGAAAGUGAAUAUGUACAUGGUAAAAUCAGUGUAGUAUAUAUGCUAUGUUAUUUUAGUGUAAUCUUUACAACUUAUGUUAUGCAAAUAAUAAUUAUCUUAAAAUAUUUUAUUUUCUCGUUUUUUUUCUUUAUAUAUUUUAUUUUAUUUUUUCACAUGUAUAUAAAUUUGUUAUGUAUAAACAAUUGUCAGAUAUUAUAAUUUUCUCAAAAAUAAUCAUCAUAUUUGUUCUCUGGAUACAAAGAUGUUGUAUGAAAAUUGGACUUGGAUCUUAGCUUUUAUGGUUCAACCACGAAAAUGUAAGAAUUAUAUUUCCUAUUAUACAGUGCCGCUUGCAUCAUAUAUGUAUGUGUGUGUAUAUAUACAUGGAACUUCCAAGAAGAAUUAACCAUUAAAUUAUUAAACACAAA